AACAUUAUUGUUACCAUUAUAAUUUAUGUUCUCGUCUCUCCCGCAUUUAUUCGUUAGUUAUUCGUACGCUUAUCAAUGGUAAGAAGCAUUUUAGUGUAUUGACGGAAAAAAAGACAUGUCACACCACGGCGGAGGCGGCAAAAGCGGUUUUCUCGAUACGCUUUUUGGCCGUCCCAAAAAGCAUCAGCACCAACAGCCUAACGUUGGUGGCUCCGAUGCUUACAUGGGCUCAUCGCCAAUGGUGUCCAACCGCGACACAGCACCUUCACAGCAGGGGGUUAUGUCAGGACAACGGUCCGCACUGACGGAGCAACACCACUAUCAUCGGGAUCACGAUGACCAAGCAGACCAUCCAGAUGACGGAAGCGAUGAUGGCGAUUCCGAUGAUUUAAAUGACAAAUUUGAGGAGAUGCUGGACGAUAUGAACCUGACCGAGGAGAAAAAAGAACCUCUCCGGCGACAGAGUACGGCCAACAAACACAAGAUGCUGUCAAUGCACUUAGGCGGCGGCAGUGGAAGCAUCGGCGGUGGUGCGGCCGGCACCUUGGCGCAAUCCGGCGACGGCAAGAAGAACAAAUUGUUGGACAAACCCGCCGAGUACAUACAAUACUUAGGACAGCCUGAUCUGUCGGCCAACAAGACAUACACGUGUGUGGUGUCGCUGCGGAUAGCCCUCACCAAUCACCCACUAAGUUGGGUCAAUGAGUUCACGGCGGCCGACGGACUCGGCCGUCUUCUCACAGUCCUCAAUGAGUGUUAUCGCAACGAUCGAGGCAAGAGCUCUGGACAGCAGCAGCAGUACGCGCGCAUCCAAUAUGAGUGCAUCCGGUGUUUGAAAGCCAUCAUGAACAACACGGUAGGCCUGCGACAAAUGUUCAGUCACCGCGAGGCGCUAGCCGUGGUGGCUCGGUCCCUGGACGCUCGAAAGCCGGCCGUCAUGGCCGAAGCGUGCAAAGUGCUGGCCGCCGUCAGUCUGGUACCGCCCGACGGCCAUGAGCGCGCGUUGGAAGCGCUUACCAUUAGCCACGAGAUAUCUUCGUCGACCCGGAGCACCGCCAAAGACGGUGGAGAUGCUACGGUUGGCCAUUACGACUCGGCCGAUUCCAACUCAUCUUGCUUUUAUUGCGCGAACGGCGGCAACCGGUUCCGGCCAGUGGUUCAGGGUCUUAUGCGCCGUCCCGGAGUCGAAACGCUGAGGGUCGCCUGCUUACAGUUCAUCAAUGCCGUCGUCAGCACCCCGGACGACCUCCAUCACCGAACAGCGCUUCGCAAUGAAAUCUUGGGAGCGGCAGGCAUGUGCGCUGCGCUCGAUGAGUUGGACAAAGAGACAAAAAGUGAGGAUUUAGAAAGACAGCUGGGCAUAUUCAACACCCACCGAGACGACGAUCAUGAAGCAAUGGCUCAAAGGUUCGAUGGAGCUCGGGCCGACUACGAUGACCCCGCCGACUGUUUCGAAGUGCUGCGAAACGCCGUAUCCGGUACCUCCGCCGAACAUCACUUGCUGGGUAUCGUCCAACAUUUGUUAUUCAUUCGUGACGAUCCUGUCGUUAGACCUGCUUAUUAUCGGCUCAUCGAAGAGUGUGUAUCACAAAUCGUGAUGCACCGCAACGAUCCUGACUUUCGGCGGUUCCAGAUGGACGUGCAGCCACUCAUAGACACGCUAGUGGAGAGAACGCCUAGACCGGACGAGGAACGGCGGGUGGAAGAACUCCGGGCCAAGUUAGAAGAAGCGGUGGCCACUCGACAGGAGGCUGAAGCGCGGCUGGAGACCGUACUAGCCGAACUUAAAAAUCAACAAGACCAGGAGCAAAACGGCGGAAGAUCGCCUUCUGUAGUAGCCGCGCAGAGGAUGUUGGCUUCAGCGCCAGGGGCACCCGGAGGAGGACCUCCGCCUCCACCUCCUCCCCCACCACCACCACCGUUUCCUGGUGCCGGACCUCCUCCUCCACCACCCAUGCCCGGUUCUGGUCCGCCACCCCCUCCACCCAUGCCCGGAUGUGGACCACCUCCUCCGCCGCCAAUGCCAGGGGCUGGUCCUCCGCCACCGCCGCCACCACCCGGUGGAGGUCCGCCGCCACCGCCAGGAGGCAUGCCUAGUGGCUUGUCGCAACUACCACCGGGGCUGAAACCAAAACGUCGUUGGAACGUAGACGGUCCUAUAAAGCGUGCCAACUGGAAAACGGUAACACCACAAACCAUUUCAGCUGAAUCGUUUUGGACCAGCGUCAGCGAAGAUAAGCUGGCCACCACUGAACUACUUCAGGGGCUUCGCCAGAGGUUCUCUUCAAAGCCCGUGUCUGGUCCAGUGUCUGCUACUGGAUCGCGUACUACGACCGGCGAGGACCCCUCUGACAGAGCAAACAAGCAGGCGCGCACGCCUCGUGUUUUAGACAAUCGAGCCGCCCAAAACCUAUCAAUUCUGCUGGGCUCUUUGAAACACCUUAGCUACAAGGAUGUUAAGCGAGCCGUACUACGGUGUGAUACCGGGGUGCUCACUUCUAACGUGUUAGAUCAGCUUGUGGCUUACCUACCGCCACCGGAUCAACUAAAAAAGUUGCGAGAUUUGCUCAAUAACUCAAAUGGCGCCUCUGGGCCUCAGUGUACAUACUCCGACUUGGUCGAAGCAGAACAGUUCUGCGUGACGAUUGGCGAGGUUCACCGGUUAGGGGCUCGUCUCCGAUCGUUACAAUACAGACAUCAGCACAGGGAGUUCGUGGAUGACGUUAAACCGGCCGUGGUAGCGGUAGCAGCGGCGUGUGAAGAACUCCAAUCAUCCACCAAAUCCGGUCGCUUUGGACACCUGCUCGAGUUAAUCCUGUUGUUGGGCAACUACAUGAACGCCGGCACUCGAUUACAACAGGCACAUGCCUUCGAUAUGUCGUUCUUGCCAAAGCUCACGGCCAUUAAAGACGUCGAGAACCGAGCCACGCUGAUGCAUUAUAUCGCCGACGUGGUUGAACGCGAACACCCCGAGUGGGCUGCUUUUGGCGACGAACUAACGCACUGCGACCGGGCUGCUCGAGCCCUCAGUACCGAUGUCGUGGCGGCCCGGCUGCGCAUGAUGGACGCCGGACUGCGGCACUUGGACGCUGACCUGAGAGCCGCCAAGGCGGCGGGCACACCGAAACCCUCCGAGGACGCCGACUCAGAAGAUCUGUUCGUGCAAGUGAUGACCCCGUUCGCUAAAGACGCCAAAGGCGAAGCGGACACCUUGAAACAAAUGUCGGCACGAGCUCAAGCAGCGUACGCGUCUCUGGCAUCUUACUUGGCGUUUGAUCCCGUCGCUUAUCCCCCCGACGAACUGUUCGCCGACGUGCGCACCUUCAAGGACUCGUUCUACGAAGCAAUGCGGGACAACCAGAAACGGAGGGAGGCGGAACAGCGGGCUCGACGGGCCAGGGACGCCCGGGAAGCGGCCGACCGGGAACGCCGGGACCGGGCAGCGGCGCGGCGGGCCGUCAUGGGUGGUAAUGCCGGCGGCGCAGGAGGUACUACGGGCACUGGUUCUCCACUUGUCGACAUGGACAAACCGCAAGAAGGUGUAAUGGACAGCCUGUUCGAGGCGCUGCAAUCGGGUUCGGCUUUCGCUGGUGUCGGAGCUGAGCAAAGGCGACGCCGACCGGUGGCCGCUAGCGGCAAAUCUUCAGGAGGAGCUAGGACCAGAGCACCUGGGGCGAGCAGAUAUGCUGCUGUUUACGACAGUAGCAGGGAUUUACCUCCUACAGCAAUCAAAUGACAUAGCAACAAUGAAUUUUACUACCACCGCCUUUGUACACAGACGGUUGUGCUCAAACGGCCAUGUUUGACAGGGUGCGAUUCCGUCUUACUACCGACAGUGCCUAUUUUUACUUAUUUAUUAUUAUAAAUAUAUUUAUAUAUAAACAUUUACAAUUGCCAAUUUAACAACAUAAUUAUAUGCAUACAUGUAUGAUCAAUA